AUGGAGAGAAAGACCAGCAUACCCUUGGCCCAUUGGCGGAUGAGCCAUCCGCCUUGUUUCGUCUAUGCGUUUGUCGACCGUAAGGGACUUCAGGUCGUGGGCAUGGCUUCGGACUUGGAGAAAAGACGCGCGCUGGAAUUAGCCUGGUCGGGCCCCGAGUCGCGUGAUUACGCAGAGCCCUGCAGUGGGUUCGGGCCACAGUUUCUAGAUGUGGGGACGGGCCAGACAAAGGCUACCAAACGUUUUCGUAGCAUGCUCACUGGCCCUGGAUAUCCUGUGGCCAUGGUCACCAUUGCCCGCAACGCCAAAUCAAUGUGGAUCGCUCAGUUCUCACCGAUCCUGAUGAACUAUCUGAGCGGACGCGCCCCGGAGAACUUUUCCAUGACCAUUGGGGCAGGGACGGCUGCAAUCACGCAAGGCGUUUUGACGCCUCAGCAGACGGUGCAGACCGCUGGUGCUUGCAUCGCUCCAGGGCGAAGUGCCGCUGGCCCGCCUGGAGAACGUCCAGCUCCAAGGGCUCCAUUCCAAACAGGCCCCACGGCCACGCUGGGAAUCUCCAGCCGAAAAGCGCCGCCUCCAUCGGUCCGUCGAACCUUCACUAAUGUGCCUUCGGCUGUUUGGCCAACUGGAACAGCCCUUCGGUCCAGUAGUGCAGAUAGAAAAUCCUUGCACGUUCAGAUUCCAGGCACAGCGCCCACAGGGAGGCAAAUCUCCAACUCUGUGUCGCAGGAUCUCCAGUCGCUGCCUGCGACGGCUCGGCGAAUGAGUCCUACACGCCCAGCCCGACCUGUUGGCCCUGUCAACAAGCUGGGCGCAUCAGCUGCAGCUCCUGUGCGGUUGCAGCCCAGUACUUCGUCAAUGUUGGCACCUGCAAAGGUGCCUCCAGUCUCCAGCCUGGUGAAUGGCAGACGGGACGAGCCAGAUGAGGUCAUCCUGCGGCAAGUGACCAAGCUGCAGAACUCCUUGAUGCAGCAGAUUGAGAGUACCAAGCAGCAGAUUCAGAGGCAAAGCGCAUUUGGUGCAAAAGCCGUGAACGGACUGAAUCCGCAGGCAGUCGCUGCCAUGACGGGUACUGCUGCCCCACGGCUCCGGGCGGCCCCGGCACCGGGCAUGCCCGCCGCUGCGCCCGCCCGCGUGCCGGCAGCACCGGCAUCAGCACCGGCAUCAGCACCGGCAUCAGCUGUGCCGGAACCGGAACCGAUGCCAGCAGAGCCUGUCCCGGUUCAGCUGGCGGAGGUCGGAUCGCUGACGCUGCCAGUGAAUGAGGUGAAGCGGACGGAGGUUCAACCAGAGGAUGGGAAGUUGGCAGCUGCGUUGUUCAAUGGCCAAAGCCCUUCCAGACUUGCGGCUGCAAGGAUCCAACGUGCUUGGCGACGGAGACGGAGGAGUCGUGCGAAGGGUCCAGAAGAUCCUUGCGUGGCCAAGUUAAUGCCCAAACACUUCGCCGCUCAGCGCAUCCAGCGGGCCUGGAAGAUUAGUCGAUGGCGACGUGUCUUUACAGCCGACUGCAAGCGGGAGUUGGGUUGGUUGGGCUCUCUAGAUUGGCUGCAGCGGCACAACAUGCUCUACGGCACCGAGUUGGCAGAGACUGAGGACCUCGAAUGGUGGUAUCAUCAGCAAGCAGGGGCUCCGUUGGACUAUGAAGUGGAUCCUUGGGGCUGUCGAAAACUUCGGGAGCACCUAAAUAGGAUGUGGUUCGGUGCUGCGUCGCCGGAAGGCUAUGAAGCCAAAGACGAAGCGACGUUGCCGGUGCACCCGGCGCAGCCGCGGACCUCGCAGACCAACCCCGCCGUGCCCGUGGCCCAGCGGCCCCAGAAGCGCGCCUCUCUUGGCGCCCCACGCAGUUUGGCGUUGGGGGCCUUGGCAGCUGGGCCACGACCGGUGGGAACUGCGCGGAGUUUGGUGGCACCUGUUGCAAUACCCAUGGCGGGGCGCCCCACGCCCUUAUCAAGCACAAUCUCACCGCGGGUGGAGGGGCGUCACAUUCUGAGCGCUUCUGUGACCACAUUACACCGGUGUGCUUCGCCUCUGAUGAGCCGACGGCCUGGUGGUGCGCCUGGUAUACCUGGCCGUCUGGCAAUGGGUGCAACCACAACGUCUCCAAUUGCAGCACAGAGUGCUGCUCCACAUGGCUGGGGUCAUCGGCCCUGUCAGAUGAACCAGGCUCCACUUGGUCCGCGCUGGGCUUGCUUUGCACCUCAGAUCAGAAGAGGCAGCCUACAAGCCUCACCGCGCAUGACCGAACGGGGGGCUGUCGCGAGCACGCUGGUUGCCAACUGUUAA